CGAGGGUCGCCUUUGAUUGGUGGAGAUGAGUACUUCCGGAAACUAGAGGAACAAGCGUACAAUGGCGAGUGGCGGGGUAGAGGUGCAAGACAUGGAAGUUGAUAAACGGGCAGAGUCUGAGGAGUCUGCUGAUGAUGACAUUAAGGAGAAGAGGGGAGUUCCAGAUGGUGAAGUGCAAAAUGGUGAACAACCUACAGAAGACACAGAGAAUCCGGUGAACUUGGAAACGAUUAUCCUGGAUCCUGAAGCGGAGGAAGUGGACUUGAACCACAUGCGAAUAGGAGCUAUGGAAGGGUUUGAAGUUCUCAAGAAAGUUCAGACCCUGUGCCUGCGUCAAAACCUAAUAAAGGUGAUUGAGAACUUGGAGCAGUUGGUGACCUUGAAUGAAUUGGACCUCUAUGACAAUCAGAUUCGUAUUCUCCAGAACCUGGAGAACCUGAGUCAACUCCAAAUCCUGGAUAUGUCAUUCAACCUUCUGAAGCGUAUCGAGGGUUUAGACUCAUUGACUCAGCUGAAGCGUCUCUACCUGGUCAACAACAAGAUUAGCCGCGUCGAGAACCUCAACUCUCUAACUCUGCUCCGUUUGUUGGAACUAGGCUCCAAUCGUAUUCGGGAGAUAGAGAAUCUGGAUACGUUAAGAGAUCUGGACAGUUUGUUUCUUGGAAAGAACAAGAUCACAAAGUUGCAGAACAUGGAUACGCUGACUAACCUGACAGUACUUAGUGUGCAGAGUAAUCGCCUCUUGAAGAUUGAAGGUCUCCAAAGUCUUGUGAACCUGCGUGAGUUGUAUCUGAGUGACAACGGCAUCCAAGUCCUGGAGGGCCUGGAGAACAAUACUAAACUCACAACUUUGGAUAUUGCUUCUAACAGAAUUAAGAGGAUUCAGAAUAUUAGACAUCUGACAGAACUCCAGGAAUUUUGGAUGAACGACAAUUUACUGGACAACUGGGCCGACUUGGAAGAGUUGAGCGGUGCCAAAGGUUUGCAGACAGUGUAUCUGGAAAGGAACCCUAUACAGAAAGAUAACCAAUACAGGCGCAAAAUCAUGCUGGCUUUACCUUCCGUCCGCCAGAUUGACGCAACCUUCGUCAGGUUCUGAUAGAUGCCAUUAUGCCUCUCUCUCCUACUGUAGCAGCACAGUACAACUCCAACCUCUUUCAAACGACUGAAAUAUCCCACUGCAUCGUCCUCUGCCCGCCGUCAUCACAUUCUUAUGUUCCCUGCACUGCAUGAUCUUCUCAUAUCAAACUGAAUGUAAUCGCUCAUUCCAUAGACUACUCUGCUGGUCUCUUCCAGGGACGCGCCUCUAAUCAAUAAAUUGAAAUGACCCCCAUCUGCUGGUGCUGCCACACCACAGAAUACAGUAUUUAUUUCCAGACAGUAGUCCUCUGGUCAAUAAAAAAAUUUUUUUUAAAUCU